AUGCAUUGGGCCGGCAUAUCUGAGAGUCAACAGGCCAUGAUCUGCAGUGCUGGCGAAGCAUUCAGCCGGCAUACCCGAGAGUCAGCAGCACGCUGUGAGCGGCAGCGCCAGCAAUGCAGUCCGUCGGCGCGAUCAUCAAAGUGGGGUGCUGGCAAGCGCCAGGGCUCCCACGCCAGGCAAGGGGACGCACAGCACAAGAUGCAGCCAGCUAGACAACAGCCUGCCACGGUGCCAUGUCGGAAUGUCGGCAUAUUUGAGAGUCAGCAGCAGGCCACGAGCAGAAGUGCUGGCGAUGCAUGCAGCUGCAAUACCGGAGAGCAAGCAGCAGGCCAUGGGCAGCAGCGCUGGCGAUGCAUUCAGCUGCCGUAUCUGGGAGUCAGCAGCAGGCAAUGGGCAAUAGUGGUGGCGAAGCAUUCGGCUGGCGUACGUGGGAGUCAACAGCAGGCAAUGAGCUGCAGCGCCAGCGAUGCGUUCCGUUGGUGCGACCAUCCGGGCCGGGUGCUGGCAAGCGCCAGGGCUCCCGCGCCAGGCAAGGGUACGCACAGCACAAGACGAAGCCAGCCAGAGAACAGCCUGCCACAGCGCCAUGCCGGGUAG